AGCAAUCAAUUUCAUCCCAAAUUUAGCCUAAAAUUUUUCCCAUUGCGAUGCUUCACUCACAAACACACUGGACAAAAUCCAGAAAAACCCACUUUAAAUCUUGAAUUUUACUCAUCUGGGUAGUUGUUAAUUCUGUGAUUUGAUCAAAUUAUGAGGAAGAGGGAGAGGGAAAACCCAUGUGGUGUUUGUGGGCAUUAUCACAAAUACGAAGAAGGUGAAGUUUGUGGGAUCUGUGGACAUCGAAUGCCUGAUGUAUCUGAAAAGGGUUCUUCAAUUCAUGUCAGUGCGUUUCCUUCUGAGAUCUUGCCGGAGUUUCUUUUUCUAGGGAGUUAUGAUAAUGCUUCUCGUGCUGAGCUUCUCAAAACCGUUGGAAUUUCUCGGAUUCUGAAUACAGUACCUGCUUGUCAGAAUCUUUAUAAAAAUUCCUUUACUUAUCACUGCCUACAAGAUGAGCAAAAUUUGGCUUUUGAUGACGCUAUCCAAUUUUUAGAACAAUGUGAAAAGGAUAGGGCUCGUGUUCUUGUGCACUGCAUGUUAGGUAAAAACAGGUCGGCAGCAAUUGUAAUUGCUUAUUUGAUGAAAAGUAAAGGGUGGAACCUUGCACAGAGCCUUCAGUGGACGAAAGAGCGAAGACCUUCUGUUGACCUAACUCAAGAGGUCUACCAGCAGCUACAGGAGUACGAGCAGAAGAUCUUUGUGUCACUUCAGAACCAGCCCAGCCCCAUCAUGCCAGCCUUCUCUUCUCCCGUGACAUCCUUCAACUUUGGCUUCCCAAAGGCCAGUGAUCAGAUUCCUGCUCCAGCCUUCAACAAUUCUAGUGCUCCUUCACUUUUCUCCCCUCCUGCUUUUGAAGUUCCUCCACAGGGAUUCACUUUUGGAGCUGCUCAUAAUCAACAUACCGCCUCAGAAAGCCCUUUGAAUGCUAAUAAAAAUCCAAAUGGUAGUGACAUUGCCAUGGAUGGUUCAUGAUACUAUGACAUCUUUAGCCUUGCGAAAAAUCCUCAACUUCAACAAGUAUUUAAGAAGGUUAUGCCAGUCGCUGAUGCCAAUCUACCACGUUUUUCAGAAGGUUGGAUGUGAAGUGUGUGAAAAUGCUUAUAAAAUCACUAGUUGUAGAGUUUGACAUGCUCAUAUCUUACGGUGCCAUCAAAAUGGAUUCGUUGUUCAGGAAAUCCAAGUAAUUAUUGCCUAAUAUAUAUGCGAUACUAAAGACUGUUUUCACUUGAUCUCUUACAAACUAGAUCUUCUGUAGCAACUGACUGUUAUAUUAUGGGAAAGGUAGGUGAGAGUUU